AUGGAGUACUUAGUUAUUGUUUACGAUAAACCCGGAACUAGCCGUGCAGCUAUUAGAGGAGAGCACCUCAAAGGAAUCCCAGCAGCCUUCAACAAGGGUGUGACCAAUUGCGGAGCCAUUUACAAGGACGAUGCAAAGACCGAGUUUGCGGGAUCCUCCUAUAACAUUGUGGCCAAUUCCAGAGAGGAGAUAAUUGAGUUCCUGAAGACUGACCCUUACUACAAGGCAGGCAUCUGGGACGUGGAUAAUGCCCUGAUUUACCCAUACGGAUGUGCAGGACGACUUGCCAAAGAUAUUAUUCAGCCAUGA